CAACCAGCAAGCAAACACAUUAUUUUCGCUGGAGUAUAUACAUUUCCCAUGCUCAACGGUUAUCUACUCUAACCUCUAUCAAUUCUUAUUAUAUAUACUAAUCAGUAAUUAUUACAUUCUCAUUCUUCACACAACAACUCAGAUACCAAAAUGGUUUCUUCUUCUGCUUUGUUUCUCGGUCUUAUGUUUCUGUUGACACCAUUGUUGCUCCUUUCAUCCUCAUCUCAAGCACUAGAGUUUCAUGUUGGUGGUAAAGAUGGUUGGGAUCUCAAACCUUUUGAUUACUACAAUAAUUGGGCCCAGAGAAACAGGUUUCAAGUCAAUGACACUCUCAAUUUCAAGUACAAUAAAAAAAGUGAUUCAGUUCUUGUGGUGAAGAAGGAAGACUAUGAUUCCUGCAACAUCAACCAUCCGGAACAAAAGAUGGACAAUGGAGAUUCGAGUUUUAAGCUCUGCCAUUCGGGUUUAUAUUUCUUCAUCAGUGGCAAUGUUGAUCACUGUAAACAAGGUCAAAAGCUUAUUGUUUUAGUCAUGGCUGUUAGACACCGUAACCCUCCUCCUACCGUGGUUGCAGUGCCGUCUCCCGUAAGUGGCGUGUUGCCACCUCUGAUUCACAAGUCCGCUUUGGAUGCUCCGGCGCCGUCUCCGUCGAAAGCAAGUUCGGUGGGUUUUGGUGUUGUGGUUUGGGUUGGUUUGAUGUUUAGUGGGUUUGUUUAUUAGUCUUUGUUGCAAUGCAAUGAGAAUUGAUAUGAUGAGAAAUAAAAUGUUGCGUGA